UGAUGACUAACAAAAGAAAGUCCGCGUCUGCUUCUUCUUCUUCUUCGUCCACGCGACCUGAGAGAAGACUAGUGUCUCCCUUGUCUUCUAAGAAAUUCUCAUUUUCUUUUCUCCUCCAUAUGAUAAUACUAACAUUAUUCCUUCUCCAUUACUAUUAUUAUUAUUAUAAAAUAAUCAAAUAGAUAGAUAAACAAAAACCUCAAGAUCAUAUUCAUGUUCUUCAAUUCCUGCACUCUCUUCUGCUGUUAAAAAGUUUCAGUCUUUUUUGGUUUUUUAAUUUGUGGGGAGUUAGUUUUUGGUUUUCUUGGCAAUGCAAGCAACUGAAGCAGUGAGUAAUGGGGUUACAGAAGCUCCUCCUGCUCAGGCUGGUGCUCAAAAUCUCAAGUCCAUACAGGAAGAACCUAUAGAACCAGGGCAUAGUGGAAGACGGCCCGAUAUAUCACUUCAAAUACCCCCAAGACAUGCGGCGUUUGGCAGUAGCCGGAGCGGCAAGGGUUUACUCCAGUCUCAAGGUUCCUCUAAGGGUAGUCCACUUUCAGGAGGGUUAUUCCGGGCUUUAAGCUUCAAGAAGAAAGGUAUACUGCCGGAUGGUGAGAAAAGUUCCCUCCUUAAUUCAGACUCCAGUACAGCUCCCGGAAGUCCAGUAGUGGCCAAUAAUGCACCAGCAUUUUCUUGGACAAAGUGUGCCUCUCUUCCUGUUACACCAGCAUCGAAUUUGUCACCAUCCAUUUCUACACCAGUUUCUGCAAGGAUGUAUAAUGAACGGCACAAGCCACAUAAAGAAACUGUUAAGGCUACAGUUUCAAGGUCCCUGUCUGUGCCUGGACGAAAUAUAGUUAUUGUUAGAUCCGUAUCUUUUGCUGCUCGAAAUGAGAACAUCCAGACAGAUCCUAGUGAUGAUCAAAUAACUCCGGUUCCAGUUGAGCCUGAUGAUGAAGAAAUUCCUGAAGAAGAAGCAGUAUGCAGGAUUUGUCUUGAUGAAUGUGAAGAACAAAAUACACUCAAAAUGGAAUGUAGUUGCAAAGGUGCUCUCAGACUUGUACAUGAACAUUGUGCAAUUAAGUGGUUUAGCACAAGAGGAAACAGGACAUGCGAGGUAUGCGGGCAGGAGGUUCAGAAUUUACCUGUAACCUUGCUUCGGGUGCAGAGCUCUGUUCAAAGGGCCAGCAGACAGAACCAGAACCAACAGAGUUUGAAUCCAGAAACGAUAAGUGCAUGGCAGGACUUCGUGAUACUGGUAUUAAUUAGCACAAUAUGCUACUUCUUCUUCCUUGAGCAACUACUGAUUCGUGACUUGAAAACUCAAGCGAUUGUAGUUGCAGCACCAUUUGCAUUUACAUUGGGUCUCUUGGCAUCCAUAUUUGCCAUUGUCCUUGCAAUCAAGGAGUAUAUAUGGACAUAUGCGGCUCUCGAGUUUGGACUUGUAGCGCUCACCGUACACCUCUUCUAUUCUACAUUUCAUAUGCCGGCUGUUUAUUCAAUAUUGCUUCCAUCAGUAGUGGGUUUCGGGAUAUCAAUGAGCCUCAACUCAUUGUAUAUGCAAUACUUCACUUGGAGAGUUCAAGUUGCUCAAAACAACUCUAGCCCAGUAUGACUGAAACCUGGUAGU